CAUUGAGUACAGAGCUGCCUCGUUUCUCCGUUCAGCUAGUCAGAAAGUAGAACACUAGUCACGGCUAAGCGACGGGUUUGUAAGCUGUCAAUAUGGAAGAAGACACGGACGUUUCGUCAGUAGAAGACGACACGAACCAUGUUCUGUCCAUCGGCUCAACAUCUCGCGAUCUGCAGACGGCGUAUCUCAUCAUCAGUCUGGUGCUGUCUGUGGGAUGCGGCCUGCUGCUCAUCUUCUUGGUUUGGAAGAAAGAGUAUCUCCGAAAGCCCAGCCACUACCUGCGGUGUAACCUGGCGGUAGACGACAUCGUCUUCACCGGCUGCCUGGUUCCCGUCCGUGUCUACGCACUUUUCCGGCAGGACGCCAGCGGGGGACAGACGUGGUGCUCGGCUGAACUACUGUUAGUGCCCGCAGGCUUGUUAUCUAGGCAGUGUACAUACCUCAUGAUGGCAGUAGAUCUGUACUAUUUCGUGUGUCAUCCCCUACACUACCAUGACAAAGUCACGACCAACCGCGUGGUCCUGGGCAUCUUGGCGUUCAGGGCCUUCUCCUUCGUCGGCGGACUAGCGCCUGUGGCCUUGGGCGGACUGCCCGAAUACAACCUGCGUUGUGAGGCGGAGCCUGCGAACAGUACAUCCUUAUCUGCCAUCAUCAGAAGCAUGAUGUUACUAUUCUUUUUACUUGUUGUUCUCUCCGUCCUGAUCAUCUACUGGCGUAUCUUCAAGGAAGCCAGAAGGCAGCAGGAAAGGGACGAGAACCGUGACCUGUGGGUGUUCCAGACCAAGGCGUUCAAAGUGAUGGUGCCGCAUGCUAUCGUGUUGACUGCAUCCACAGCCACUCUCGGUUUCCGCGUAGCCAUGGCACGGGCUGUGAUCACAGAGGAACAGAUGUCCCUACGCGGCCUGAUGAUCGCUGAAAGCGCAGCCAUCGUCCUGUACUUGACGGUAUCGUCCGUGGCGGACCCCGUCAUCUACAGCUUCCGGCUGCCGGAGUUCCGCCGAGCCUUAAGGGAGCUGUGCGGAUUGCGGACCAACGCCAUCCCUCCGCCGGCAGCACCGGUACGGCGACAUCACCAGGGCGACGCGGAGACAGCAACGGGCACCGGUCCCGCGCGGCGCGGGGCACAAACCUCUUCAGUGGGCCUGAUCAUGGAGCACACGGCGGAGGACUUGCCUUCCGACCAGGCAGAAAAGCAGGCAACACAGGCAGACACGAUCCCCGGCGACACCGCCUCGGGGCGACCGUUCCGGCUGACAGUGAGGGCGGAGGUGCACGCCGAGCCGAGGCCACGUCCCGGACAGGAGGACGGGACGGUAAACCUCCCCGGGCAGGUACACACGGACGCCGAAGAAGAAGACGUCCCUACUCUAACUACUACUGCCCUACGGACGGCCACACCGACGAGCCAACAGCAGGACACACUUUGGACCACCCACCAUCGCGUCCGAAGUUGGCAUGGGAGUAAGAUACAAACCAGGGCAACAAAUAAAGACUAGUUCUGAAGACGAGACGGGACGUACGAAACAAAGAUACAGUGAAACGAAACAAGACUGUGGAAUAGAUGUGGACAAAUCAGGAACAGAAGCAUCCAAGGAC